UCCAGGGCAGAGAGCAGGCACUCCCCUGUCCUCUUGCCUCCUUGCAAAGGGGGGUGGGGGAGGUGGGGAGCAGCCUCCUGACUGCUUUGGAGAGAAAGCAACAAGCUGCGAAAGGCUGGGAUUCCCUGUAGCUAAGCCUGCUCAGCUUGCAAAAAACAGAGAGAAUGGCCCCAGAAGUUAAUGGCAAUCAGAGUGAAAUCCCAAAGGCUGACGGUGCGCUCUCUGCCACUGAGCCCUGCAAAACAUUUCUCCACCUCCUUGGGCCACUUUCCAGGGGUAGCGCUGGUGACCAAGAACCCUUAGGUCUCUGAGGAGGGCAUUCCUGCUGGAUGAAGACGUGGGAGGCUUCACUUCUUAUGUGCCCUGAGCCCAGAAAAGAGACUAGGGCCUAGCAGCCCCUCUCCCACUUCUCUCCCCACCCCACCCCGCAGCCUCUCCUGCACUUUCUGCCUGUGUCCCUUGGACUGUGCUUGGUGUGCAGCUGCGCAGCCGUGGAUCAUGUUUCUGCUUCCUCAGGGUGACCCAGGCAUGACGCAAACGUCCAGUCAUGCCCUCUGGCAGUGUACAUGUGUGCAUGCGCCGGGGGAGGGGGGAGUUAGAGUUUGGGGGCCCUUUGGAGAUAAGCAGGGGAUCUCUGCCCACUGAUGGGACACGGAGUGAUAAAAGGACAGCUUGAAAUGUAACUGUCCAGAUUAAUCAUUACAGCAGAGGCCUGAUAAGGCUGCAAGGUGACAGCAGGGGCCACCUAGACUAGCAGAGCCUCUCCUGGUCUGGGAACAAUGCGGGGCACGAAGAAAUACUCUCAUGUGAUUGACACGCCAGACCCAGGCAAAUGGGAGCUGGCAGGUUAUGAGUCCACCCUGCCCAUCACAGAGAAAUCAAACCCCAUCACCCGGGAACUGGACAGAGCUGACCCCGGCCAGAUCGUCCAGCUCCUCCGAGACUGUGACGCGGAGAUCUUCCAGGAGGAGGACCAGGCCCUGGUCAACUACCAGAGGCUGUACAGUGAGAUGGUGCUGAAGACCAUGAUGGACAUCAUCGGGAAGGUGCAGGAGGUCCUGAAGGAGCCAGAGAACACCCUCAUUGUGCUGAGCGGCGGGGGAGCCUCCGGCCGUAUGGCCUUCCUCAUGGCUGUGUCCUUCAACAAGCUCCUGAAGGGUCUGGGGCAGCCCCCGCAAUACACCUAUCUCAUUGCUGGAGGGGACAGGUGUCUGGUUGCAUCCCAAGAGGGACACGAAGACAGCGCUCUCCUGGGCAUUGAGGACCUGAACAAGGUGUGCGAAGGGAAGAAGAAGGUCAUUUUCUUUGGGAUUUCUUGCGGCUUGUCUGCCCCCUACGUUGCCGGGCAGCUGGACUUCUGCAUGAACAACCUGGACAUCUACACCCCAGUGCUGGUGGGAUUCAACCCGGUCAGCAUGGCCAGGAGUGAGAAGAUCGAGGGCUUCCACUCCUCCUUCCGGCAGGUGGCAGAGCGGAUGGAGAAGCUGCAGGAGACCCACCAAGCCUUUGUCCUUAAUCCUGCCGUGGGGCCUGAAGGGGUCGCCGGGUCCUCUCGGAUGAAAGGCGGGAGCGCUACCAAGAUCCUUCUGGAGACUUUGCUUCUGGCCGCUCAUAAGACCGUCUCCAAGGACGGCGAGGUCUCCGAGAAGUGCCUCCUGGAAAUCCUCCGCACCUACGAACGUGCCCACAAAGUCACCUACAGCCAGAGCAAGAAGAUUGCCGCCUUGGUGAAGCAAGCGGGCACCAGCCUGCAGAAGAAGGCUUACGUCUACCUGGUUGGCUGGCACACCUUGGGGAUCAUUGCCAUCAUGGAUGGGGCUGAGUGCGUCCCCACUUUUGGGGCAGAUCUCAACGACGUCCGGGGAUUCCUCAUCGGGGACCGCAGCGAAAUGUUCAACAGGGAAGCUGACCUGGUUGCCCAGGGCCCCAAGUUCGCUUUCUCCGAGGAAGACUUUGUGAAGAGCAUCCUCCCCUCUCUGACAGAGCAGGACACGGUCCUCUUCCUUUUCACCAUGGAUGAUAACCUGGCAGAGGUGGAGAAGCUGGCGAUUCAGGUGAAGGAAAGAACCUCCAACAUCCAUGCCCUUUCUCAUGCCACCGUUGGCCAGUACUUGCCGGCCUCCCUCAAGAAGCUCAUCCCUUCCAUCAUCAGCAUCACGUGGCCCAUCCUGUUUCUGGAAUAUGAAGGCAACUUCAUCCAGAGAUUCCAGAGGGAGCUCAGCACCAAAUGGAUUCUCAACACGGUCAGCACUGGGGCCCAUGUGCUGAAAGGGAAAAUCCUUCGCAAUUACAUGGUGGACCUGCGUGUGAGCAACGCCAAGCUCUUUGAAAGGGCAGUCGCCAUCCUGCAGAGAUUCACGGGGGACCCGCGGGCCAAAUGCCGGGAGGCGCUGCUGCAGGUCGUCUAUCACCCGGAGCAACCUUCCGCGCCGCUCUUCGAGGGCGGCCAGCGGGGGGCGCCGGGAACGCCCCGGGUGGUCUCCUCGGAAAAGCCCUCCCCGCGCACGGAGGGGCGCCCCCUCCCGGCCGGGCUCCUCAAGGGAUGCGCACCGACGCCGCCGGUCUGA